AUGGCACUGUUCAUACGUGCAUCAUCUAAUAAAUCGUUUUUAUCACUUAUAAAUAAAUAUCACCAAAAAUUACUAAUCAAUUCAUCAAAACAAAUUGUGAUUACGCGCAAACCUGUUCUGACAGAAAAUAAUUUAACCACUUCACAGAAUUUCGGGACACUGACUGCUGAUUAUAACCAAAAAAAUGACGCCGAAAAUUCUCAAGAUGAAAGAAGAAAUAAUCACGGGGCACAAGAUGUUGAAUCAUUUGGACUUUUUGACAAGUUUUUAUUACAACGCAAGUGGGAAGCCAAAAAAUCAGUUAUUGUUCAAGUUAAAUCCGCAGAAUCUUAUGAAGAUUUAUAUUCAUACUGUCAAACUUUUGGACCUAUUCAGUACAUACGACAUUAUUCGCUGAAUGAUGUAGAUAAGAGGCCAAAUUUUUUCUUAAUUGAGUUUCAACAUUUAUCAUCGUUUCAAUCGUUCAUGGAAGAAGCAACACACUUGGACAUUAAUGACGUCAUGCCAGCUCGUUCACAAAUCUUAUAUUUUCGCGAGGAGCAGCGGCAAAAAUCGAGUUCAUUACCAAAAAAUGAAAAAAAUAAUACGAUACCGCCGCUAAAAAACCCCACUCAUAAUCCAAAUAAAGCUAUAACAAAUGAAUAUAUAAAAAAACUAAUAAGUGUAGAUAGAUCAGUGUCUGAACAAAUGAUGUUAAUUUAUGAGAAUAUCAAAUUACAGGAUAUCGAUGUACGAUUACGUUUUCUAGUGGCUAAUCAAAUAGAAUCAAGUUUAUCCGGUUUAUUUCCGAAUUCAACAGUUUUACCAUUUGGUUCAUCUGUUAAUGGGUUUGGUAAAAGUGACGCGGAUCUCGAUUUAGCAAUUAAUUUACGAAUAAAAUCGGGAUCACCAACAAGUCGGGUAGUGUUUCACACAAAGGAAGCAAAAUACGAUCACCGGGAACCAAUGAUACGUUUAUUAGAUUCAAUAUCUGGAUUAAUGCGUACUGCUAUUCCGGGCGUCUCAAGAGUAGCAAGCAUACUCAAGGCGCGUGUUCCAAUUGUCUCCUUUGAUCAUGUUUAUACCGGCAUGGAAUGUGACCUAAGCAUCACCAAUUCAACAGCUAUUUACAUGUCGGAAUUACUGUAUUUAUUUGGUGAGUUCAAUGAUAAAGUAAGGCCUCUGGUUUAUACUGUUAGACUCUGGGCUUCAUUUGUCGGCUUGACUAAUAGUAGAUCACCUGGACCAUGGAUCACUAAUUUUUCACUCACAUUACUCGUAUUAUUUUAUUUACAACAAAAAGGAAUUCUGCCGUCCAUUAAUUAUCUUUACCGUCAUGCAAGAAAGUCAGAUGUGCGGGUUGCAGAUACUACAGUGGACUGCACAUUUUUACGUGAUAUAAAAAAAUGGCCUCCAUCAAAGUGCUUAUCUUUAUCGUUAGAAGAGUUGUUAUUCGAUUUCUUUUGUUUUUAUUCGGAAUUUGACUUUGCAUCAUUAGCUAUAUCGUUACGCGAAGGGAAAAUUAUUGAUAAGCCACAUUCUAACCAUGCAGGGCUUUAUAUAUGUAACCCGUUAGAAACAUCGUUAAUGGUAAGUAAAAAUGUAUCUGUUACCGAAACAUUGUCAUUAUCCAGCAACGUACGAAGAACUGCAUCGCUUAUGGAUGGAGGUAAUUAUUAUUACCGUCGUGGUUUGCUUGAUAUUUUUGUGGGGAAAAUCAAAUUUGAAAGAACAUACAAAAAUCCUUUAAAAGUUAAACCUCCUGCUAUCAAUACUGGGCCGUUAUUUAAAACAUUAUUUUCUUCUGAGAUGUCUAAUAGUAAUGAAAACUAUGAUAAUAUAGAUACAAAAGAUAGAAGUGAUAAUGGUAAUAAGAGAAACUACACAAGUAAUAAUGUAAACCAAAUCGAUAGUGGUAGUAGUAAAAAUGAUAACAAUAAUGAUAAUAAAUUUUUCAAAAAUCAAAACAGACGUCAAGGACCCAGAUGA